CCCCUCUCUCUCUCUCUAGAAUCCAGGCACAGUUGAACUCGCCCGAGAAUGGGAGACGCCGACUAUGAACUCCGGCCACACCGUGUAGCCAUACCUCCACCUAAACCAUUCUACCAGUCAUUGGAAUCGUCUCUGAAAGAGACUUUCUUUCCUGAUGAUCCUUUCCGGCAGUUCAAAAACCAACCAAUGUCUCGGAAGGUGGUUUUAGGAUUGCAGUAUUUCAUGCCAGUACUUGAAUGGGCUCCUCGAUACACUUUCGAUCUCUUUAAAGCUGAUGUGGUUGCCGGAAUCACCAUUGCUAGCCUUGCAGUUCCUCAAGGAAUCAGCUAUGCCGGUUUGGCCAACUUGCCACCAGUUCUUGGCCUUUAUUCAAGCUUUGUGCCACCAUUGGUAUAUGCCAUGUUGGGAAGCUCAAGAGACUUGGCGGUCGGAACGGUUGCUGUUGCAUCUCUUCUCAUAGCUUCUAUGUUGGGGAAGGAGGUCAAUCCUAAUGAGAACCCUAAGCUUUAUGUUCAGUUGGCUCUCACUGCAACCUUUUUUGCUGGAGUUUUUCAAGCUGGUUUAGGCUUCUUAAGGUCAGUGCCUUGA